AUGGAGACGUGCAACGUGUCAACAGUAUCUGAAUUUAUUCUCGUAGGUCUCUCUGAUGCUCCGGAGGUACGUUUUAUUCUCUUUGUGCUCUUUUUGCUCAUCUACUUGACCACCCUGGCAGGCAACAUCGCAAUCCUUGUUGCCAUUAGUACAGACACUCGCCUGCACAACCCCAUGUACUUCUUUCUCUGCAACCUAUCUUUCCUGGAUAUCUUAUGCCCCACUAUAACUGUACCGAAGAUGCUGGAGGCCUUGCUGUUUGAGAACAAGGUAAUUUCAUUCACUGGCUGCAUGCUCCAGCUGUUCUUCCUGAUUGAUGUUGUAGGCACAGAGAUUUUCCUCCUGGCUGUGAUGGCAUAUGACCGUUACGUUGCAAUAUGUCAUCCGCUGCAGUACCUGAAUAUUGUGAGUAUGAAAUUGUGCGCUCACCUAGCCAUUGGCACCUGGAUAGCAGGAUUUUUGAAUUCUUUGUUGCACACAUCUUUCAUUUUUACACUCUUUUUCUGUGAUUCUAACAAAGUUGACCAAUAUUACUGUGAUAUUCCCCCAAUGCUGGCCAUCUCCUGCUCUCCUACUUACACUAGGGAACUGGUAAUUCUCACAGUUGCUGGGAUCCUUGGAAGCAGUGCCUUUCUGGUCACGUUGAUCUCAUAUGUCUAUAUCCUCUUGACUAUCCUGUGCACAAACUCUGCUGAGGGCAGGCACAAAGCUUUCUCCACUUGUGGUUCUCACUUGACAGUGGUAUGCCUUUUCUAUGGGACCACCAUUUGCACGUAUGUACGGACUUCCUCUAGCUACUCACCCAAUCAGGACAGGAUUGUUUCCAUGCUGUAUGGGAUCUUCACUCCCCUGCUAAACCCCCUAAUCUACAGUCUGAGAAAUAAAGAAGUUACAUGUACCCUAAGAAGAAUGGCCAGCCAGAUAAGAACUGCUGUAAUGAGACAAGACCAUCUCUCCCAGUCCCUGACCUCCUCUGGAGCCCAAGCAACUGCAUAG